AUGUCAGAAACGUCUCAGGAAUCCGAAGCCAAACCGGAGCUGAAAAAAACAGGUAUGGAUCCGAAAGCGGUGAAGGACAAAGCGAGCUCGAUCCGAUUGAGUGAGGCAGCCAAGCCAGCAUCCAUCUCCCACAUUGCUCGUCCGGAAGUGCUAAAAGAAGAAGGCAACCGGACCUCCACCAUCAGACGGCUAAGUGAUUUGAAAAGCGACGAUGAUGAUGCAGGCUCUCCUAAUAGUCAAGAAAGCACCCAACAACAAUCCUACCAAAAUAAUGCUGCAAUUGAGUUGAUCAAUAGUGUCACAGGUGCUGAUGAGGAGGGCAGGUCUCGCCAACGGGUUCUCGUAUAUGCUGCCAGGAGGUAUGCUAGUGCUCUGGAGAGAAACCCAGAAGAUUAUGAUGCUCUUUACAACUGGGCAUUGGUUCUUCAGGAAAGUGCAGAUAAUGUUAGUCCAGAUUCUACAUCACCUUCUAAAGAUUCCUUGCUAGAGGAGGCUUGCAACAAGUAUGAUGAGGCAACUCGUCUUUGCCCUACAUUUCAUGAUGCUUUCUACAACUGGGCAAUAGCAAUAUCUGAUCGAGCAAAAAUGCGUGGUCGGACCAAGGAGGCUGAAGAACUAUGGGAGCAGGCAACGAAAAACUAUGAAAAAGCUGUCAAACUCAACUGGAACAGUCCUCAGGCGCUAAACAAUUGGGGACUAGCUCUUCAGGAACUCAGUGCGAUUGUUCCAGCAAGAGAGAAGCAAAAAAUUGUGAGGGCUGCAAUUAAUAAGUUUCGUGCCGCAAUACAAUUGCAAUUUGAUUUCCAUCGAGCAAUAUACAACCUAGGAACAGUUUUGUAUGGGCUAGCUGAGGAUACCACAGGAACUGGAGGCUCGACAAAUCCAAAAGAAGUUUCCUCAAAUGAGCUGUAUAACCAAUCUGCUAUCUAUAUUGCAGCCGCUCAUGCAUUGAAACCAAAUUACUCAGUUUACAGCAGUGCCUUGAAGCUUGUUCGUUCAAUGCUACCUUUACCCCAUCUCAAAGAGGGAAAUAUGACUGCACCACCAGUAGGAAACGCAAUUGCUCCGCAUCGUGAUUGGAAGAGAACAGAGUUCUUUUUGAAUCAUGAAGCACUUCAACAGGUCAUCAAAGCCGAGCAGAAACAAGUUUCUCGAAGCCUCUCUGGCACAAUUGCAGAAGUAACAAAUGAAGAAAACUCAGCUAUCAGAGUUGAGAUUCCAGAUAUUGUGUCUGUAUCAUCAUGUGCUGAUCUGACUCUACCACCAGGUGCAGGCCUCUGCAUUGAUACUACCCAUGGUCCAAUUUUUUGGUAAGUAUCAUGCUUUUAUUAAAGGAACGAUAUCUUUCACACUUUCAGAAAACUUGACAACUAUGCUAUUUAGCAAUAUACGAAUAGCAAUCCAACUUUAGUGAGUAUUGUCUGUUCUUCCUUUCAGGUUGCUGACUCGUGGGAAUCUCUAGACGGAUGGCUUGAUGCUAUCCGCUUAGUUUACACAAUUUAUGCAAGAGGUAAGACCGAUGUUCUCGCCAGUAUCAUUACAGGCUAAUUAUUGUGUUGAGCUUACAUUUUGUCCAAGUCCUUUAUAUCUGCCUUCGAUUUUGGUCUUGUAUAUCAUCAAAUAUUUUGGAAUAAUGUAAGGUUGAGCUAACUUUUAUGUCAAAUUAUUCAUUUGGCAUUUAGAUGAUAAUAUAUCUUCUGCUGCUUAUAAGGCAUUUCCAUUC